AUGGAGGAAUCAAGUUGCAUUCCAGCCUAUAAAAACAUAAAUGUCCACGACUUGUACAGGCAACAAGAAGACUAUGCAUUUGUUAAUGAUAUAAUAGCCAAACCAUUUUUUUAUGACCCGCAUUUUAAGCAAGAGCCUAUGGGACCUUAUAUUAAGGAAUAUUAUCAGAGUUAUAAAUCCAAUGCGACUAUGAAGAAUUCUGUAUAUUCACCCCUUAUUAUGUCACAACAAAAAUUAAAUAGGCAAUGUAAUCCAUUUGUAUCGUACCCCUAUGGUGUUCCAGUGGAUGUAGAAUAUGAAGUAUGUUCCAAAUGUAAAUGUAAAAAAAGUAACAGAAGUAAAAAGGAUGAAAAUAACAAAGACCAAAACAAGCAAACCGAAAAGAAAAGUUUCGAAAAUAAUUCCAUGCUUUCAGUUUCAAAUUCAUGUGAUGAAAACAUUACCAAUACUCAUACAUAUUUUGAUAAAGAUUCUUGUUUUGAUACAUUUGAUGAUAUGCUUAUUACAAAAUUUUCAAUGGGAAGCGAUGGAAUGAUACCCCUUGAAAUUAAUAACCAGGAAAUGUCGCUCUCAAAUAACUUGGAAACAAUAUAUUCGGGGGAAUGUAAAGAAAUCGAAGGUCAUAAAAAAAUUUUAGAUAUAUAUGACGAAAGUACUGUCAAAAAAAGUGACAGUCUAUUUGAAGUUUAUGAUAGUGACCCCAAAUUGAAGUAUUAUCCCGAUAAUAAUGAAAAUGCAUAUACACUCCCAAAGGAAGAAAUCGAAAGAAAUUAUAGGAACGAAAUUCUAAAGUCCAAUGAUAUUAAUUUCAAUAGUAAUGACCACAAUAAAUAUAUCCCAAAUGAAAAAUAUUUUAGCAAAGACAACGCCGAUUUAGAAAGGUAUUCUUUUUUAUAUACACCAGAAAAAAGAAAUGGAAAAAAACAAAAUGAUACUCAAAAAAAUAGAAGUGAAAAAAGCAUAGACAAACAUAAUGAUAGUGAGAGAAGGAAUCAAAUUAAUGACGAAAAAAUAAAGAAUAAAAAGAGUAAAGAAUGUGAAAUAAUAAAAAAAAAUCGGGACACUAUAGAUGAUGAUACGAAUGAAAAUAUUAGUUCAGAGCAAAUGAAGACAGCAAAUGCUAAAGAUACAAGUACAAUGAAUAAUUUAAAGCAAAGGGGAAACCCCCAAUACUCUACAAAACAGGUCAAAAUAUGCGAAGAUGAAAACAUUUUAAAUAAAUACAGUGUUAUGAAUAGUUUAAAAAAAAAUAUAUUACCAAAAGAAAAUUUAAAAGAAAAACGCCAAACACAAAAAAAUUCACAUGAUAUUCAAGAAAAUGAAAUAAACCAAAACGUGGAAUAUUAUGGUAGAGUUUGUAGAUCUAAUAAUCAUAAACAUGAACCCCCCAAAAAAGGUGUCAUAACAAUAAAAAAAGGUAAAGUAGGACAUCAUAACAAUGAGGCAUCUUUGGAGAAUGAAAAUAAUAAUAAAAAUUUUCAUAGUUCGUCAAAAAAAAUGCCAAUGAAACAUAGAAAAUCUUUCAUUGAAAAAGAUAGUAGUACAAUAAAAAGAAAAAGUGAUAAAAAAGACCUUAAUCGUGGAAGAUCAAAAUUAGCAAUAUCUAGAACCAAAUCACUCAAAGUAAGAAGGGGUGGUACUAUAAGUUUUCCACCAAAAAAUUCUAAUUUAUUUCAAAGAAAAAAAAGCAUUUUGAAUAAACAAAAAUCGAUGGUUGAAACACCAUUUAAAAAACAAAGCACUAUGUCGUUAAAAAGAAAAAAAACAUUAUCCAAAUUAAAUCCUACAAAACCACCAUACAAAAUUUUCUUAAACAAAAAAAAAGUUAUAUACACACAAAAAAGUCUUCAUGGAUUAGAUAAUAAGAAAAAUAAAAAUAUACAACCCAAUUCUAAAAAAAUGCUUUCAAGGUCAAAAACAAAGGUUUAUGUUGACAAUGAUACGAAAAUUUUCAAAAAAGUUGACGUUAAAAUGGUUUCAAAAAAUAUAUUUAAUCCAAACGUAUCUACAGAAAGUUACAAUAAUAGUGGAACUGAUAAUAAAAAAAGAGACAGUACUGUUUCUCAAAAUACAUUGAAUGAUAAAUUAGACGAUAGUUUGAAUAUGAAUGAUACUAUAUCAUUAAAAAAUGGAGGAGAAAAUGGGAUUGUAAAAAAAAAAAUAGAUAAUUCUAACACAACCAAGAUGAGUAAUAUCUCCAUGAGAAAUAGGUUAGACACUAAUUCCAUUAGAAAUAAAGUCAAGAAUAAAAAAAAAGAGUUAUUUGACAACAUUAUAUCUUUAACUAAAAAUAUGAAAGACCAACCAUUAAAAAAAAAAUACAACGAUCAAAUUGAUCCAAAGAAUUUGCUAUCCUUGGAAUCUAACAAUAGUUCCGAUACACAUUAUUAA